AUGGGCUGCGGCAGUUCCAGCAAGGUAGAGAUGGUGCAACCAUCAGUCAAGGAGCUGCCAAAUGGCUGGGAAGCCAAGACCCAGGCUAAUAAUGACCCAUCUCAGAGAGCAGCUGGCUCCACCCUUCAGGAUUGGUCCACUGUGUCAAAAGCCACCUUAAACAGUGGAGUAAAACUUGAUGAACUCAGUGGGGGAAAUUCACCUGGGGAAGGUCCGGAAAGGUUACCUUCUCUUAGAGAAAAAAAUAACAGGCAAAACACAGACAUCAUGUUACUCAGUGGUGGAUUUGUCAAUAAACCGAUGCACUUACAGGAAUGGGAGAGGCAAAAGUCAUCAGAUAUCCUUGAGGAGCUGAUGAUGCAGGGAAUAAUCAAGAGCCAAAGUACAACUUUUAGAAAUGGAGAAGCAGAUGUCAAGAGCGAAGCCCUGGAAAAGCCACUAAAGAAACCACCAGCCAAGCUGGAAAAGCUUAAGAUCGAAAAGAAGGAAGUGAAUGCUUUAACAAUGAAGGACAUUAAGAAUUCUGCCGAAGAAAGAAGCGAGACUAAAGAAGAGCAACCGAAAGAAAGACUUCAGAGUAGGAGACUUUUUCCAGCAAUUGCCCAUCAAAAUAUAGCUGAGCUGAAUGAGGAAGGCUAUUCAACUUCUGAAGGUCAAGAACAUACAAAAAUUGUUCAGCCUUUAUCAUUCGACCUGGAGACAGAGUCUCUGCUGGAGAAGGAAGAAAUAGCUGUCGAAAUUGUAAACAGCAAUUCAGAACACUUUGGUGCUGUGGAGUCUGAUACAACUUAUAACACCAGUUUAAAUGAAGCAUUCUGA